CGGGAGGCUGGCUUGUAACGUCUACACACACAGGCCUCUUUGCCCCAGACUCCUGAGGGGGGUUGGCCGAUGGGGGCCCUGCUGAAGAUCCAGGGCAUGAGUGGCGUCUGAGGGCAGGUGUUUAGUCCCGGGCUCCUUCCCUGCAUUGCGGUACCUUGUCCCUCUACCUUGAGGCCUCUCCACAAAGUGCUGUCUCUCUCUGUCUCUCAAUCUCUGGUUUCCAGCAUCUCCUAUCUCUCAUCCCUGCAGGCUCUCCAUGGUCCCCAGCCCUGGCGAAUUUCACAUUCCUAUUCCUUCCCCCCUCAGCCAACCACACCUUUGUCAACAGCCUUUCACUAACUCUUCUUCACUUAUCCAGCUCGACUCUGCCAUUCGCUUCCUACAGAGACCCUGACCGAUACCAGGAUGUACCAUACGCUAAAACUUUUGUGCACUUAAGGGAGAAGACAGAGUGAAAAUACACGUUUGAAUUUACAGAAAGGAAUAUGGGAAAGUUUUCCCAGAGCCCAGAGCACCUCAUUCCUGAUCUCCACCCUGAACUCCUUUCAGAGUGUGUUGAAGAUCAGUGACGGCAGUGGUGGAUGACUCAAUCCUGGUACAGCUGGAUGGCGAGCGAUAUUCUUGGGCUGGCAGAAUUGGUUUAAUCCCAUCUAGACCUUUCACCGAGGCACCUCCAGAUCUUGAGUGGGAAAAGCCACAGCACGGAGGGAAGUGGCCUCUCCUAGCUGGCUCCGUGCAGCUGGGCCACAGCCGCCCCAUCUGCCUCUCUCCCUCCUCCUGUCCUUCUAGGGCUCUGGCUUCAGCCACUAGCGUCCUAGAGGCUUUCCACCGAGAGAGACCACAAAACCAAAUCACAUAAGUGGAGAGCAAGGGGGGCCAGCGCUGAAAGCCAGCAUCGUGGAGAGACAGCUUUCAUCCUGCUCACUCCAGCCUUGACAGGGCCUCACCCCAGAUGAGGGUGACACAGACACGGAGCUCAGAACCACACCCAGUGAGGACCUCAACCUCCCAUAAAGAGAACGUUGACCUUUGCUAUUUCCCAUCGGUUUUGUGGACUAAUCAGAGGGACCAGCGGGGGGACAAAGCUGCAUUCACCAAGCUUAGCGCUCGUUUCCUCCUUAAUCCUCCGAGUCACCGUUAUGAGGCAGGGAGGGGCCGGUGCUGUUACAGCCUUUUAGCCACAACAGCGGGUAAUGAGCUGCCUGUGUCGUGCAUGAGUCAUGAGCAGAGUGAGCUCUAAGCCCUGAUCUCUGGACCCUGGCGCAGCGUCUCUCCUCACCCUCAGCUGGGCACCAGCUGUAGGGGAUGCCCUUCUGUCCCUUCACGUGGCUCUCGGCUUGCUGUGGGAAGGCAGGCAUAAUGGACACACAGAUUGGCCUAGCAGGUACCUAAGCGGUGUGACCUCCAAUUCAAAGAUCUUCCUUCCGCCAUGGGCCGAGACAGGUUACCAUCUGUCCCCCUUUGGGGAGUUGGGCAUCGUUCUUGGCAGCUCUGGCAGAAGCGAGCACCUGGUCCAGAUGUUUGGCAAAUACUGGGCGAGUGGCAGCCUGUGCAUCCCUGAAGCAUUGUCGCCGGGCCUCGAUCAGAUGUCACCUCACGCUGUUAAAGUGUCAGCCAAGCUAAAAUUAAUCACCUGGGUGACAAAAGUGAUGCGGACGAACAGCAGCCCGCCGAGCAAACCUGGGAGCUCACGAUCCAUCAGGCUGGGAGGACUGAGUUAGUACAUGUGAAACCCCGAGAACUGGCCCCGGCCCACUGAUUGGGCUCAGGCAUGAGACUAUGCACAGCUCUGACCAUAUCAGAAGGAACACAAGGUCCAGCCUUUUAUAUGGAGCAUUCCCAGGAGGCAAACCAAGAGGCAUUCUCCCCUCUCCUUUCUCAUUUCACCCGUCCUUGUUGUCACUCCUCUCCAAGGAGCCUGCAAGAAGGGCCUGUGCCCAGAACAGUCAGGAUUUCUACUUCAAGACGUGCCCUGGGACCAUAGUAGGGACAUGGCUUUACACCUUUCCAAAUGCGGUCACAGCCAUCAUCUGACGCCACCCUACAACUGGGAUAAGAAACCACUUUCUCCGAGUCUCGUUCCCCAUCCUGUAGGGCAGGAUCCUGAGGCAUCUCAGGGUGGGGAUGCUUGGAGGUGAAGACACUGGGGAAGCCGACCUGCCACGUUGGCCAAUGACACCUGCUUUACUUGCACCAUAAUCGGCGCAUCAGAAGAGCAGCCUCAGGCAGGUGCCCAAAAUUGGGGGAAUUUCUCUCAAAGAGGAUCACCCUCUGACCAACCAAUAUAAUAUCUAUCUAUCUCCACUCUUCUUCGAAACUGCAUUUCUCAGCACAAACCCACAAACUGGCAGCAUGACCAGUAUCCCUAAGGAAGAGGAAGCCAAGAAGGAGAUGCCUUAGUCCUCUGCCUGUCACCUGCCAGAGAACCAGGAUGCUUGGUGGGGCUGGCCUUCCUUUCUCCAAACUGCCAUCAGUUGUGACAUCACUGUCAGCUGUGCCCGGUGUCUUAACUUUUCAUCUGUAUCAAUCAGCAUUGAGAGUCCGCUGGGUGCCCAGGUGGAGAGGCUCGGCCCCAGGCUAGUAGCCGGCCUCUCCAGUCCCCCACCCUCUGGCUUCUUAUCAGCUCCAUGCUGUCUCUUUGCAUUAAAGUGACAAGAAGCAGCACAAGGCUGCCGACAGGAGUCUGGAGCUGUAAUUUGCACUGACAUUCACUGGCGUUAUCCACUUAUUGCCUGGCAAGUUGUGGAGUGCCUACAGUGGCCAGGCGUGUCCAAAUGCUCUGUAUGCUUGAACUCAUUGGAUCUUCUUGACAACCCCACAUGGCAGGCAUUGCCCGGCAGGUUCACCGGGUCAGAGGAAAAGCCCUUGGCAUCCGGAACACGGAACACCAGCCUGCAGACGUCAGCAGGAAGCAAGGACGGCCAGGAGGAGGGAAGUGACAACUCCCUGUCGGGCGUGGAGCUUGCGUCGGCAGGCAAAAGAGACCCCCAAAAUGUCAGACACUGCUGGAUCUUGAAGGGAAGUUUCCAAGGCCCUGGUUUAUUCUUGGUGCACUCUGGAUACUCCUGGAGCAUUCAUUCAUUCAUUCUCACACUCCUGGCUGCCGAAGAUACAAGAUAAUGAAACCCUACGUCCACCCUCAGGAAAUGUUACAAAAAUGAAAGGCGCCUGCGCGAGCACACACGUGACUUCUCCCGAGUAUGAGGAACUCCUUAUCGCGUUGUUCCUUCAGACGGCUGCCUCCUGGUCCAGUCUUGGAGAAAGAAGCACCUAACGAAACACAGUAAUAACAAGGAUUAUUCAGUAUGCAGUUGGCAGGAUGUCCAUGGCGACAUUGAAAAUGAAUUCCUUAUUUUCACCAGAUAUAUGAGAAGAUCCAUUUUAAACAGUCUAAAUAUUUUUUCUUCCGUUGGACCAGCAUGGCAGGAUUCAAGCGAGGGUAUGAUGGGAAGAUUGCUGGAUUGUAUGAUCUGGAUAAAACCUUGGGUCGAGGUCAUUUUGCAGUGGUUAAACUUGCCAGGCAUGUCUUUACAGGUGAAAAAGUGGCAGUAAAAGUUAUUGACAAGACAAAAUUGGACAGUCUAGCCACUGGUCAUCUUUUCCAAGAAGUGAGAUGCAUGAAACUAGUGCAGCAUCCCAACAUUGUACGCCUUUACGAAGUUAUUGACACCCAGACCAAACUAUAUCUUAUUCUAGAACUUGGGGAUGGAGGAGACAUGUUCGAUUACAUAAUGAAGCACGAGGAGGGACUUAAUGAAGACUUGGCCAAGAAGUACUUUGCUCAGAUAGUUCAUGCCAUAUCUUAUUGCCAUAAACUCCAUGUGGUUCACAGAGACUUAAAACCCGAGAACGUGGUCUUCUUUGAAAAACAGGGUCUUGUAAAGUUGACAGACUUUGGUUUCAGCAACAAGUUUCAACCAGGGAAGAAGCUCACUACAAGCUGUGGAUCUCUUGCAUAUUCUGCGCCAGAAAUUCUGCUUGGUGAUGAGUAUGAUGCACCUGCGGUAGAUAUAUGGAGUCUGGGAGUGAUCCUUUUCAUGUUGGUGUGUGGGCAGCCACCAUUUCAAGAGGCCAAUGACAGUGAAACAUUGACAAUGAUCAUGGAUUGCAAAUAUACAGUACCAUCCCACGUAUCUAAAGGGUGUAAAGACCUGAUCACAAGGAUGCUACAGAGAGAUCCCAAGAGAAGGGCCUCUUUAGAAGAGAUUGAAAACCAUCCUUGGCUUCAGGGAGUGGACCCUUCCCCAGCCACGAAGUAUAACAUCCCCCUCGUGUCAUAUAAAAACCUCUCGGAAGAGGAGCACAACAGCAUCAUUCAGCGCAUGGUGCUCGGGGACAUAGCGGAUCGGGAUGCCAUUGUCGAAGCCCUGGAAACCAACAGGUACAACCACAUCACAGCCACUUACUUCUUGCUUGCCGAAAGGAUCCUGAGGGAAAAGCAAGAGAAAGAAAUACAGACCAGGUCUGCAAGCCCUAGCAACAUCAAGGCCCAGUUUAGGCAGUCAUGGCCAACCAAAAUUGACGUGCCCCAGGACCUUGAGGAUGACCUCACGGCCACUCCUUUGUCCCACGCGACUGUCCCUCAGUCUCCUGCUCGGGCUGCCGACAGUGUUCUCAACGGCCACAGGAGCAAAGGCCUGUGUGACUCGGCUAAGAAAGACGACCUCCCCGAGUUGGCCGGGCCCGCGCUGUCCGCGGGGCCACCCGCCAGCCUGAAACCCGCAGCCAGUGGGCGGAAGUGUCUGUUUCGGGUGGAGGAAGACGAAGAGGAAGACGAGGAGGACAAGAAGCCCAUGUCCCUCUCAACACAGGUGGUUCUGCGCCGCAAGCCGUCCGUGACCAACCGCCUGACGUCCAGGAAGAGCGCCCCGGUCCUCAACCAGAUAUUCGAGGAGGGGGAGUCGGACGACGAGUUCGACAUGGAUGAGAACCUGCCUCCCAAGCUGAGCCGCUUGAAGAUGAACAUUGCUUCCCCGGGGACGGUCCACAAACGCUACCACCGCAGGAAAAGUCAGGGCCGCGGCUCCAGCUGCAGCAGCUCGGAGACCAGCGACGACGACUCGGAGAGCCGCCGGCGGCUGGAUAAAGACAGUGGCUUCACCUACUCCUGGCACCGCCGGGACAGCAGCGAGGGGCCCCCGGGCAGCGAGGGGGACGGCGGCGGCCAGAGCAAGCCGAGCCGCGGCGGCGGGGGCGCGGACAAGGCCAGCCCCAGCGAGCACAGCGCUGGCGGGGGCGGCCCCGCGGGGGGGUCGGGCGGCGCCCCGGGCGGCACGUCAGGCAGUGCCCGCCGCUGCGCCGGCCCCGGCUCCUCCACGUCCACGCAGCUGGCGGCGCGCGGCGCCGGGGAGCUGGUGGAGAGCCUCAAACUCAUGGGCCUCUGCCUCGGCUCCCAGCUGCACGGGAGCGCCAAGUACAUUAUCGACCCGCAGGGCAGCCUGUCGUUCUCCAGCGUGAAGGUCCAGGAGAAGUCCGCCUGGAAGAUGUGCAUCGGCUCCGCAGGCGGUGCGGCGCCCGCCCCAGCCGUGGGCGGCAUGAAGUUCUUCUCCGACCACGUGGCGAACACCACCGUGGAGUUGGACCGGAUAAAGAGCAAGAAUCUGAAAAACAACGUGCUCCAGCUACCUCUGUGCGAAAAGACCAUCUCUGUGAACAUCCAGCGGAACCCCAAGGAGGGGCUGUUGUGCGCCUCCAGCCAGGCCAGCUGCUGCCACGUCAUCUGACCUCGGUGCGCUUCCUGCUCAGAGCGGCGAAGACCGGCUCACUUCACUGGUCCCUUUUCGGUUUUCCUAUUUUAAAGCGGGCAAUUAUUUAUUACUUUUUCAUUUGUUCGCCUGACGACUUGACAAAUGCAUGGUCUUUGUGCAUGCUGCUAGACACUCCUUUUUUUUUU